UGCAAAAUUUUGACGAACCAAUGCUUCUAAAAGACUAAAAUAGCUUGCACCGUUAUACUUUCCUUGAUUCCAGUGCGACACAGCUCUGCCGGGCCUCCAACCUAGCUGUGUCUCGUACUCAUCGAUCUCUCUCUCUCUCUCUCUCACUGUGUCUCGCAGUCAUUAAAAGCUAUCAGCAGAAACAGAUGAUGCUGCAUCUUCCAAUUCGGCAUCUCCUUCUUGCAAGGACUGUUUUUACAAAAUAAUGCCUGCAGGGUAAUGGCACGAAAGCCGGUGCUGUAAUGGGAAGGAAGGGCGGUGGCUCGUGGCUGACUUUGGUCAAAAGAGCAUUCAGAUCCCCCUCCAAGAACUCCGAUAAGAAGCCCGAGCUUGACGACGACAACGGCAAGAAAAGGGAGAAACGAAGAUGUUUCUUUCGCAAGUCCUCACGCCGCGAGCAGUUAAAGCAGCCGUCGCUGCCGCAGUUGUCGUUGCCUUCGCCGGAGCAGAGGCAUCCCCCUAUUGCGCCAGCCUUGACGCCGGCUUCUUUACCCAGAGAGUACUACGCCGCCAUCGUCAUCCAAACAGCCUUCCGUGGCUAUCUUGCAAGGAGAGCGCUUCGUGCUUUGAAAGGACUGGUAAAGCUUCAAGCUUUGGUUAGAGGACAUAACGUUCGAAAGCAAGCGAGCAUGACUCUGCAAUGCAUGCAAUCCCUUGUGAGAGUGCAGAACAGAGUUCUAGACCAGAGGGUACGGCUCUCCCAGUCGCAUUAUGCAGCCUCUUACGAUACCAAUAUCUGGGACUCGACGCAUCUUCAAGAGAUUUUAGAUAGAAGAUCCAUUUCGAGGGAAGGUGGUAUAUUUGCCGACGAUUGGGACAACCGCCCCCGCACUAUUGAGGAGAUCCAGGCUAUUUUGAAGCACAGGAAAGAAGCGGCCUUUAGAAGAGACAAGUUGAAUUCCUCCGCUUUCUCGCAUCAGAUUUUGAGAUUGGAUUGCAAAAUGGAUGAAUUACAAGGAGAUCCGGAGUCGCGAAUUUGGCUCGACAGGUUCAUAGCGUCAAGAACAUCGUUCGAUAACAGAAGCAGAAGCAGAGGAAGAGCUUCUACAGACGACCGAAAUGCAAUCAAAACUCUUGAGAUCGACACAGCGCCGCCAUGCUCCUACGCAACUCCUCGGCGGCAGACACAUUACGACCAUCACCACUUCUCAACUCCCUUUUACCGCUCCCCUGCCACUCCUUCUCCAUCCAAGGCGCCACCUUUCCAGGAAUGGAGUUGCUCCUUGGCCGCCCACUCGUCGGCCAAAGGGCGUGCGAUGCCGAACUACAUGGUGGCGACGGAGUCGGCGAAGGCGCGACUACGGUCGCUGAGUUCGCCGAGGCAGAGGCCGGCAACUCCGGGAAGGGAAAGGGCAGGUUCGGCCAAGAAACAGCUUUCGUUCCCGGCACCGGAGACUUACAGCGUCCGGAGCCCGAGCAUCAAAAGUGCGAUGGGGCGGCUUGUUUCGGAGCUGAGGUCUAACGUUUCCUCGUCUUGUGCAGAGAGCUUCGGCGGCGAGAGCUCGCCGUCAUCGACCACGGAUCUCCGCCGGUGGUUACGUUGAUGGGUGCUUGUUUGGUGUUUUGCUGUUGUGCCGUAGUGAUUUGUUAGCUUGCUCUGUGUGCGUUCGGUGUGCCGCUUUUGUUCUGGUUUGCAAGGAAGGAUCUUUAGUGAAAGUGAUUGGACAAACAGGGAGAUAAGGUUCAGUGCUUAGUGGAGCGCAUUUCUCAGUGGCUUCUUCUUGAAUUCUUGUCAUGCAAAAGCUUGUCGAAUACCUACCCGCCUUUUAUGACGCGUUGCUCGGCUUUGUGGGUCGCUUUAUCAGUCAGGACGGUUAUU